GGUUGUGACAGGUGCCAGGGAGUUGACAGCCAGAAUGAUGGGCGGUGACCAACCAAAUCCUGCGGUGCUGGGGGCCCUGCUCUAUUGCAUGCAAACCCUGCCCUCCCUUCUGGGGGUCCCGAGUCGCUGGACUGGCACCCCAGUGUCCUGGGGCUGCAGAGCCCAGAGCGAGGUCUGUAAGGCAGAGCUGCCGGGCGCAGACUGCGGCGCUUCGGCGGAGCUGGGCAUGCGCAUCCCGAGGGCGGCUAGGCGAUUGGCGCAUGCGUGGUCGGGACCCUCCCCAGCGGGGGCGGGGCUUGCCCACCAGGGGGCGGUGCCUGUGGGAGCGGGGCUGACGUCAUCGCGCCGUGUGGAGGGGCGGGGCCUCCAGUGGCCCGAGGCGGCCCGGCGGCCGACCGCCCGACCUCGCCCGGCCGCAGGAUGGCGUCCCCGCGGGAGCUGACUCAGAACCCCCUGAAGAAGAUCUGGAUGCCGUACAGCAACGGCCGGCCGGCUCUGCACGCCUGCCCGCGCGGCGUCUGUAUGACCAACUGUCCCACGCUCAUUGUCAUGGUGGGCCUGCCUGCCCGGGGCAAGACCUACAUUUCCAAGAAGCUGACUCGCUACCUGAACUGGAUUGGCGUGCCCACUCGGGAAUUCAAUGUUGGCCAGUAUCGCCGUGACAUGGUCAAGACCUACAAAUCUUUUGAGUUUUUCCUUCCAGACAAUGAAGAGGGCCUGAAAAUCAGGAAGCAGUGUGCCCUGGCAGCCCUGUGUGACGUCCGGCGGUUCCUUAGUGAGGAAGGGGGACAUGUGGCGGUUUUUGAUGCGACAAAUACCACCCGUGAGCGGAGAGCAACCAUCUUUAACUUCGGGGAACAGAAUGGCUACAAGACUUUCUUUGUCGAGUCCAUCUGUGUGGACCCUGAGGUCAUAGCAGCCAACAUUGUGCAAGUGAAACUGGGCAGCCCGGACUAUGUCGACCGUGACAGUGAUGAAGCCACAGAGGACUUCAUGCGGCGCAUCGAGUGCUAUGAGAAUUCGUAUGAGUCGCUGGACGAGGACCUGGACAGGGACCUAUCCUACAUCAAGAUCAUGGACGUGGGGCAGAGCUAUGUGGUGAACCGUGUGGCCGACCACAUCCAGAGCCGCAUCGUGUAUUACCUCAUGAACAUCCACGUGACGCCCCGCUCCAUCUACCUCUGUCGUCACGGGGAGAGCGAGCUCAACCUCAAGGGCCGGAUUGGCGGGGACCCAGGACUGUCGUCCCGGGGCAAAGAGUUUGCCAGGAGUCUGGCCCAGUUCAUCAGUGACCAGAACAUCAAAGACCUGAAGGUCUGGACGAGUCAGAUGAAGAGAACCAUCCAGACAGCGGAGGCGCUGGGUGUGCCUUACGAGCAGUGGAAGGUCCUCAACGAGAUCGAUGCAGGCGUCUGUGAGGAAAUGACCUACGAGGAAAUCCAGGAACACUACCCACUGGAGUUUGCUCUGCGGGACCAGGACAAGUACCGGUAUCGCUACCCCAAGGGGGAGUCCUACGAGGACCUGGUGCAGCGCCUUGAGCCCGUCAUCAUGGAGCUGGAGAGGCAGGAGAACGUGUUGGUCAUCUGCCACCAGGCUGUGAUGCGAUGCCUCCUGGCCUACUUCCUCGACAAGGCAGCAGAGCAGCUGCCCUACCUCAAGUGCCCUCUGCACACGGUCCUGAAGCUGACGCCCGUAGCCUACGGCUGUAAAGUGGAGUCCAUUUUCCUGAACGUGAUGGCUGUGAACACACACCGGGACAGGCCUCAGAACGUGGACAUCUCGAGGCCCCCGGAGGAAGCCCUUGUCACUGUUCCUGCUCACCAGUGACCAUGCCUUGGCCACCUGCACCUCGGGGCGGGUGUUGCUCUCUGUGGACAAGGUCCUUCAAGGCCUCUCUGCCCAUGUGACAAGUGACAAUCACCUUCAGGGAACAUCCUCAAAGCCAUGCAUGGCUCAUGGCCCCUGAAGCCCCACCCCAGCCCACUUGCUUCCUUGUGGACAGUCAGCAACUGCGUUCCCUGAGCUGCUGCUAAGAGCCAGUCCCUGGCCGUGCAUCUGUCUCCCCAGCGGGCUGGCUUUGUGACGCGGGCGCUCCUCAAAUGUGAAAUGUGCUGUUCCUCCUGCAGAUGGCCUGGAGACGCCUGCUGUCCUCUUUAGUCACUUCCCGUGCCAGAGACCAGGCCUCCUGCGCUGCUGCUUCCUGGAGUGGGGUUCAGGCCUCGCCACCCCACCCUGCCAGAGACCGAAGAGCUUCUGCAGAGAUCGGUGCCCAUAGAGUCACCCGCCUUCGUGGGCGGUGAAGAAAGCGGCACCCUCCCGUCAGCAUCCUACGGCGCAGGAGCGAGCGCCUGUGUCCCCCAGCCCAGCUGUGCCUGCCCUGGGGCCCGAGUGGGAGCAGGUGGUCAAGCCGCCCCCCCACCCCCACUGCUCACUGCGAAGCCACUGUUGCACACUCCCACGCGCUCAAAGGACCGGCCCCGCGCCCCGCCUGGUCCUGCGGUCAGGCUACCUCUCCUCCACCGCCUCCGUCCGAGUGGGGUGUCUUUGCUGUGAAUGACUCAGGGGAACUUGUCGUCCCUUUCAGUCUGUCCUGUUGACCUCCACCCCUGGGACUGGGAUGGGGAAAAAGGCCCAGAACCCAGCCCCCAGGUGAGGGCGGGCGGGCAGGCGGGCGGGCAGCAGCUUUUCGACCCACACGCACCACGGGAGUCUUCUAGCUGCUGGGCCCCGAAGUUCCUUUGGGCCCUGAGAGGCGGACUGCGCAGUGGGUCCCUGCUUCAUUUUCUCGCUGGGUAAAUGUGGACAGCAAGCUGUGGGCCUGCGUGAGAGUGUGCCCGGGUUUGCGGUCAAGGGCCUGCUGCUCACAGGCGGUGUGCUGGAGCUGACCUCCGGACCCCGGACCACCUUCCACCUGCAGCCUCCCCUGGCCAGUGCCUGCCAAGCACCGAGCACCCCACCUCUCCAGCCCCCAGGCCUUUGCAGCCUGCUGGUCUGCCUACCCCCGAGGGGCUGCCACACCCCUGGCUGCAGUCUCUGCUCCUGUGCAGCUGGGGAGAGGUGUCAGGGGCAUGAGCCACCUCCCAGACUUCCUGCCUGUCAGGACCCCAGGCCCUUUGCCUUAGGGCCAGAAGACUACUGGCAGCACUGUUGGUGAGACAUGGGGCCAUAGCCUGUCAUUGUGCCCCCCAGCGUUCUGGUAGCUUUUAGUCAUGUGGCAUCAUUGGCCGUGACGAGUCUCUCCAGUCACAAGACUGUAGCAAGACAUGCCAAGGCCUUUUCCUGUGUCCAAGGGCGGCCCGGACUUACUGGACUGCAGGGGUUACGAGGACUGGGUCAGGGCAGAAGUCUGGGGUAGGCCAGACCUGCCUGUGCCUGGCAUUGUCUCUGUGGAUGACAGCUGGCCUGGUCAGCUGCCAGGCCUGUGCUGGUGAGCAGAUGUUUCUCUGCUCUCCUGACUCUCAGCAAUGCACCAAACUCUCCAACAUUCUCUGCAAUAAAUACUUUAAAAGUCA